ACUCUGCAGAACCAUGGCCGGCGAGGAACACCAGCAGCACAGCAGCCACUACGGCCACCACUUCCUGGUGGUGGCCUACGGCAUGCAGGGCCACGUCAACCCAGCGCGCGCUCUGGCUCACCGCCUCGCCAAGCUCAGCGACGUCGUAGGCGGCUGCCCCAUCCUCGCCACGCUCUCCGUGCACGUCGCCGCCCACCGCCGCAUGUUCCCGGCACAGCUGGACCCGGACGCCGCCGGCGAGGAGGAUGAGGAGGAGGCCAGCGACGGCGUCAUCUCCUACGUGCCCCACUCGGACAGCUUCGACGACGGCUCCUUGCCCAGAACCCCCGAGGACUGGGCCCGCAGACGCCGCGCGAGCCGCGAGAGCCUCUCCGCCAUGCUCGCCCGCUUCGCCGGCGGCGGGCGGCCCGUCACCUGCGUGGUGUGCACGCUGCUGGUGCCCGCGGCGGUGGACGCCGCGACGCGCCACGGCGUCCCCUUCGCCGUGUACUGGAUCCAGCCGGCCACCGUCCUCGCCGCCGCGUACCACUACUUCCACGGCUACGGCGAGACCGUCGCCGCCGCCGACCCGGCGCACGAGGUGAGCCUGCCUGGGCUACGCCGCCCUCUCCGGGUCCGGGACUUCCCGUCCUACCUGGUGGACACGACGGGCAGCCCGCUGGCCAGGUCCGUCGUCGGGAUGUUCCGAGAGCUGUUCGAGAGCGUGGACCGGUGGCGGCCUAAAGUCCUCGUGAACACGUUCGACGAGCUGGAGGCGGGCGUGCUCUCGGAGAUGAAGCGACACCUCGACGUGUUCGCCGUCGGUCCCAUGGUCGCCGGCGCCGGUGGUGGCUCGGGCUCCUCUGGCGCGUCAAACGACGAAGGACGGAUCCAUCUGUACAGGCACGACGACGCCGACAGGAAGAGGUACAUGGAGUGGCUCGGAGCGCAGCCGGAGAGCUCGGUGGUGUACGUGUCGUUCGGGAGCAUAGCGACGCACACCUUGCAGCAGAUGGAGGAGGUUGUCCAAGGGCUGCUGCAGGCUGGACGGCCGUACUUGCUGGCCGCGCGCAGCUGGCACGGGCUCGAGGACGACGGUGCGCGCCGCGUCCUGGACAACGCCGCCCAGAGCAGCGGCGGCCGUGGGACGGUCGUGGACUGGUGCGACCAGCCGGAGGUCCUGGCGCACCCGGCCGUCGGGUGCUUCGUCUCGCACUGCGGCUGGAACUCGACGUUGGAGGCCGUGGCGGCCGGCGUGCCGCUCGUCGGCGUGCCCAGCCUGUUUGACCAGCCAACGAACACGUACUUGGUGGUGGAGGAGUGGGGGGUCGGCGUCAGAGGGGAGCGUGACGGUGAGGGCGUGUUAGCUGCGACGGAGCUGGCGAGAUGCGUUGAGCUGGUCAUGGGUCAAGGUACAAAAGCAACGGCGAUAAGGGAGAGAGUAAAGGCUUUGAGAGAGAUGGCGCAGCAGGCGGCACGAGCAGGUGGGCCGGCGGAGAGAAACCUUGAGGACUUUGUUAACUCUGUCGGUGAUAGCUUCCGUCCUGUCGGAAUUUCAGUUGCGGAAAAAACUGAUGAAUCUCGUACAUGUUCAUCAGAAUGACUUCCGUACAGAUAUUAUUUUUAUCUACAUUCUACAAGGAGUACCUGAUAUACCAUGUAAUGGAUGGAAUAAGGUUCCAGCUUCUACGU